AUGGACCCAGCCAGGCUAGCAGGCAACAAGUGCCAGCAAGAACAGCGAGGGGAGGAAAAGGGGCACCAGCCAAACGCAGGAGAUGGAGAAGCACAGAAAAGCGGGGAGGUGGGGGCGGGGAUGGGGGCAAGGUUGGGAGGGGGGGGGGGGGGUUUGGUGAGGGAGGGGGUGGGGGGGGGGGGGUGGGGAGGGGUGGGGGAGGGGAGGACGAGGCAAGGGGGAGAUGGAGGAUCAGCAGGGAGGACACGCGAGAGCAGGUGCAGCGGAGCAGAAAGGGGAGGUGGGAGGGAGCAGGGUACAGAGGAGGAGAACCCAGAGGAGCAUGGAGGGGCACAGGGAGUCACGGUACAGGGGGGGCAGGCACCAGAGGGGAGAGGGAAGAGCAGGGGGGAGGAGAGCAGGGGUAGCAGGAAGCCGCGAAGGGAGCAAGAGGAGCAGGGGAGAGGGGUCAGAGGUGCAGAGGGCGAGCUAUGGGGCAGUCAGACAGUCAGCCAUAUGGGAGCACAAGCGAUGGAGUACAGGGAGAGACCUAGAGGGGUGCAGGAGGUCAUAUGGAAGAGGUGCACAGGACAGCAGAGACCUAGCCAGCCAAGGCAGGGGCAGAGGAGACAGGGCAAAGGAAGCAGGCAGAGAGCAAAGGGAGGCACAGGAUGGGAGGAAAGAGCAGAGGGGCAGAAGGCAGAGGUCCAGGCAAGGCAACAGAACAGCACGAAAGGCAGGCAGAGGGGGGGCAGGGAGAGCAGGGAGAUAGACAGGAGAGAGGGGCGGGCAGGGGCACCCAGAAGGGACAGGCAUCAAGCAGGCCACAGCCAAGAGACCAGAAGCAGUAGGAGCUGGGGGGGAAUGGGGGUGUCAGGACAGGGAGGAGGGAGCAAGGGGAGAGCAGGAGUCACAUGGCAGGCACAAGGGAGGAGAAGAGCCGGGCCAGCUGGACAGAGCACCAAACAGGGAGGAGGGAAGCGACAGACCAUAAAAGGAGCGAAGAGAGGCAGGGCAAGACAGGCCAGGGCAGAGGAACCGGGGGGGCAGCACCCAGGGGGCCCAGGGAAUAGAGAGGAGCAGACCAAAGGGUAA